UCGACCGAAGGGCUCAGGUUACAUUCGCGAGCAGAGCGGAGCGCGGGAGAGAGGACCCGAGAGCAGAGCGGCUGUUUCGACGCUGGUCAGCGGGCGCCCCAAGGCCCCAGAGUCCCCACCCAGACCCCACCCCUGCCCUGCGCCAGCCUGUGCCCCAGCCAAGGACCCCCAACACCAGCAUGGACUGCUGCACCGAGAGCGCGUGCUCCAAGCCGGACGACGACAUUCUAGACAUCCCGCUGGACGAUCCUGGCGCCAACGCGGCCGCUGCCAAAAUCCAGGCGAGUUUCCGGGGCCACAUGGCAAGGAAGAAGAUAAAGAGCGGAGAGCGCGGCCGGAAGGGCCCGGGCCACGGGGGAACGGGCGGAGCUGGGGGCGCCCGGGGAGGCGCGGGCGGCGGCCCCAGCGGAGACUAGGCCAGAACUGAGCAUUUUCAAAGUUGCCAGGAGAGACGGAUGGCGCGUCCCCUUCGCAGUGAUGAGACUUCCCUGCCGUGUUUGUGAUCCUCUCCUUUCCACCAACCUGCCAGCUUCAGGAGCCCUCCCUGCGUCCCCAGAGACUCCCACUCCCAGGCAGGCUCCAUCGAGGAGUCGCUAAGUCUGUGCCCUUUUAGUUAGUCCUCCAGUCUAGAAUGGUCCCCAUUCGCCCUUUCUUCCCACCCUAGCCCCAAACCCUGCGCUCCCACAUCUUCCUUCUUUUGCUUCUCGCCCACCUCCGCCAGCACCCCGCAUGCAGCUCUGCCUCCGCAGUCUCCGCGCACUUCCCUGCGCGCACUGCGGGGGGCGCCCUAAGCGUCGCCCAAGUAUACUCACUUAAAAAAAAA